CCCUGACCGGACUCCCAGGCCCCAGCGGAGCCCCUCCGUCUCCAUGGCCAUGGACGAGGCAGCCGAGGGGAGCAGGCUGCUGUUGCAAGAAGAGGGUGGAGGUGGAGAUCAAGAGCCGCUCCUCCUUCCACAGCAGGAUGCUGGUCUUAUCACAGGUGAUGGAUCUGUUGAUAUCGGAGGGCGUCCUGCACCAAAGCACACAACAGGCAACUGGAGAGCAUGCUUUUCUAUUCUAGGGAAUGAGUUUUGCGAGAGACUGGCUUACUAUGGAAUUGCAAAAAACCUGAUCACUUAUCUGAAAGUAAAGCGUCAUCUAGGAAAUCUCGAAGCUGCAAGUACUGUUACCACUUGGCAAGGGACAUGCUAUCUCACUCCCCUCAUUGGAGCCAUCUUAGCAGAUUCUCAUUGGGGAAAGUACUGGACUAUUGCUGUUUUCUCAUCAGUUUAUUUUAUUGGACUGGCUACUUUAACACUAUCAGCAUCUGUUCCAGCACUGCAGCCACCUACAUGUUUGGGAACUGCUUGUCCAGAAGCAGGCUUCCUUCAGUAUGGCGUUUUUUUCAUUGGCCUCUAUAUGAUAGCCCUAGGGACCGGAGGGAUCAAACCUUGUGUCUCAUCCUUCGGAGCUGAUCAAUUUGAUGACACUGACCCAGCAGAGCGAACAAAGAAGGGUUCCUUCUUCAAUUGGUUCUACUUCUGUAUAAAUAUGGGUGCAUUCAUCUCAGGCACUAUCAUAGUGUGGAUACAAGAUAAUUCUGGUUGGGGAAUAGGAUUUGCCAUUCCUACUAUAUCCAUGGCACUAGCUAUUGCAUCUUUCUUUGCAGCCUCAAAUAUGUACAGAUUUCAGAAACCUGGUGGGAGCCCACUCACAAGAGUGUGUCAGGUGGUUGUAGCAGCAUUCCGUAAGCAGCAUGCCGAACUGCCAAAUGAUAUGUCUCUUCUAUAUGAAGUUGAUAGCCAAACUUCAGCCAUUGAGGGAAGCCGGAAGCUGGAGCACACAAAUGAACUUAAGUUCCUCGAUAGAGCUGCCAUUGUCAUAGCUGCUGAUGUGAAGAGCGCUUGUACAGAUCCAUGGAAGCUUUGCACAGUCACCCAGGUGGAAGAACUGAAGAUUCUAAUCAGAAUGUUUCCUAUUUGGGCAACUACUAUCAUGUUCUUUGCUGUGUACGCCCAAAACUCGUCCCUGUUUGUGGAGCAGGGCAUGGUUCUUGACAAGCGGGUUGGAUCUUUCAACAUUCCUCCUGCAUCCCUCUCAACUUUUGAUGUAAUCAGUGUUAUCAUAUGGGUUCCUCUUUAUGAUCGCAUUCUCGUGCCAAUAGCUAGAAAGUUCACUGGAAGGGAGAAGGGUUUUUCUGAGCUACAGCGCAUGGGAAUUGGGUUGGUCCUGUCCACUCUUGCGAUGGUAGCUGCAGCUCUUGUUGAGUUGAAGCGUUUAGAGAUUGCCAGGUCUGAAGGUCUUAUUCAUGAAAAGGAUGAUGUUCCGAUGAGCAUCCUUUGGCAAAUACCACAGUAUUUCUUGGUCGGUGCCGCUGAGGUGUUCACUGUUAUAGGUCAGCUUGAGUUCUUCUACGAUCAGGGUCCAGAUGCCAUGAGGAGUUUAUGUAGUGCAUUUGCGCUUGUCACAGGUUCAGUGGGAAGCUAUGUAAGCUCAAUCAUACUGACACUGGUUUCAUACAUUACAACUCAAGGAGGAGGUCCUGGGUGGAUACCUGAUAACCUGAAUGAAGGCCAUCUCGACCAGUUCUUUUGGUUGAUUGCAGGGAUAAGCUUUGCGAAUUUGAUGGUUUUCCUAGGUUGUGCUUCAAGAUACAGAUAUAAGAAAGUCCAGUAAUUGUAUUUAAUGUAUACUCAUUCAUGUAAUGUGAUUUCAGACACCAUAUUCAUCAAAAGCAAUUAAUUGUACAGAAUGGAAUGUGUAACAUGUGAUGCUUUCA